CGGUUGCUUCAUUUUCCCGUCUGUUGAGGAAUGAGUGAAGGGGGUGAUCCUCCUCCUCAGUGCUGCACACACAAUCCACGCACUCACUGUGUGUUUCAGAGUCAGGUAACCUUGUGCUAAAAAGCAGUACUGAUUUUUUAUUAUUGCCGCAAAGAGUACGAAUGGAAGACUGUUUUUUGAUUUUUAAUCUUUUUCUUGUUGAUCAACGAAGAAUUUCUACCAAUCUCUUCUUUACUGAGUCUCUUCUCUGCGAAUGAGUUGGAUGUGGGAGCAGAACGCAGCAGCUUCUUGUCUGGCUAUUCUGCUUGUCUUUGAGCUUUUUGUCUAGAUGAUUUUGAUUUUUUCUUUCUUUUUUUUUCCGUUCAUUAUUGGGGGCUAGAAACUUUUCCCCCAUUGUUUUCUGUCUGAUUUUUUAGUGCGGUUGUGUUUGAAUUGUAAUAAAAUCCAUAUCACAGCGGAAAAGUAUUUAUUCUUUUGGUGUUAUGAUUGAGAUCUUCUGCGUUUUCAAGAAUAUUUUACUAUAAUAAGGUUACCUUUUCUUUCGCUCAGCUUAGACUUCUGCAUUUACUAUUCUCGUGAUUUUGAUGUGAUCUCUUUGCAUUCCCAUCUCUGAUUCACUCUGUGUGUGUGUGUGUGUGUGAGAGAGAGAGAGAGAGAGAGAGAAAUUAAAGUUUGAGUGUGUGUCAGUAAAUGAGGUGUUUUACUGCGUGAAGAAGAAACCUGAUUCUCUGAACAUCCAUCCCCCACUUAAAAGGGACAGCAUUCACUUUUCUUUUUCAUCUAUCUUUCCUAACGGAACUCUUUUUCUCUUCCCUUCUUAAUUUCCAACCUCCUCCUCUGUUCACACUCUCUGUCAGCCACUAUUUCUGUGGGUUUCCAACUCUCCCAAUAACACCAAAAAUAAAGAAAAAUGGAUCAGUUUCCCAGAAAUGAUCGAAGAAACCCACAGCCCAAAUAGGAAAUGCAACUGAGCUUUCCUCAUAAUUCUUCUUUGAGUGACAGAGUUUAAAGAUCUGAAGGCAUUUAUUGAAAUUUCGAUUGCAUCAAAUUUGGGCCUUGUAAGCAGCUUUCAAGUGAAUCCCGUGGCUGCUGUCUCUUUUGCGACUAUUUGUUCGAAAAGGACAAAACUGACGUAGCGACGGUUCGCAUGUAGGAGCUUAUUAUUAUCCAGUCGGUUGCGGAGCAUUUUCUUGAUUAUAGGAGAGAAAAAGAUUCUGCUGCUGUUCAACUGAACUUUGAAGUGAAGCAGAGUGCGAUAUGGGGUCUGUUCGAUUUGUUGGUGACGAUGAAUCGCAGCCUAGUGCUACUAUUAAGAAGAAAAACAAGUUGCCGAGAAAGCUUCUUGAUGACUGUGGUGUGGUGAACCAUGCACCGGUUCCUAGGAGGCUGCGGUCUGCCAUCAAGAAGCGGGCCCGUGAAUCUAUUACUCCACCUUUGCUAAUUUCAAGGAAGCAACUUCACAUGUCCAAUGGAGUUGAAAUGAUCAGGGUAGACGGUGCCAAGAAAUCCAGACUGAAUAUGAAACAUGGACAAAUUACCAAGGAUGAAGAAGAAGUUGCUGAGACCUUGUACUCUUUGGUGGACAUGUUCUCUGACAUUACCAAGACUAACAAGCCAGUCUUGGACGGAGAACCAUCGGAAAUAAAACCUUCAACAAAAGUAGAAGCAGGGAGCUCAAUGACUGCAGCAGCUAAAGAUGCUGAGAUUUCGAUGCAACAAGAGGAGUCUGGGGAAAUAAAUACAAGAGUCACUCUUGAGUCUGCUUGUCAUUCUUCAGUUUUGGUGAAUUCAACAGAAGAAGUCUUGAAAUACCAAUCUCUGGAUGAUGCUCAACAAUCUGAGUUGGCGUUUAGUGAGCAAUCAGCUAUACCUAUUGUGUCUGGUAUUCCAUCAAAUUCAAGUCUGGGUCCCAGACCAAAAAUGUCAACACUUGACAUGAUCCAAAGUUGUGAACAAACGACUGCACAGAAACAGGUUGCAAUUUCUGGGAUUCAAUACGGAAAUCAUCAUUAUCCCAAGGAGGACAAAUAUAAAGGUUUACUGCUGGAACCAAGCUUGUCUUCAACAGGAGUUGUCGGCUCUAAUACACAGGGAUCAGGCCCGCUAUCUUUGCCCGACAUAUUUCCUGCAUGGUUCGAGAAUACAAAUUGUGCUACCCAGCCUAUAGUCAACGAGCAUGGUAUUACUGCUGACAAGAUUCACUAUUGUCGAGUUGCGGUUGAGCCAAAGAAGUCAAGAAAGCGAUGUUCCACCCAUGUGUACAUCGCUAACCUGGUUAAAGUCUUGGGAAACCCGGGGAGAAACACAGGUUCACUCCAGAAGCCUAGUCAAUCAACAACCACUAGAGGCCUUGAGAAAGGGCCUCAUGUGAGCAUCGAUAACCAGAAGCUGGCGAUAAAUGGCAGACAUGGUGGUUUGCCUUUUAAUGGCUUCAUACAUUCUGCCUCUGAGGGCUCUUCUGAUAUUGGAAUUGCUGUUUGCUCGCAUAAAAGGCUCCUUCAAGAUCAGCAACAGCCUAAUAAAACCUCCGUCUUAUGCUCAUCAUGGAAAAGGGGUCCAGAUUUUAUGUCUUUGGAUGCUGGAGGUUCAGAUUCCAGUGGGGGCGUCAAUAGAGCAGGAUGCAGCCGUGAGGCUCUGAAUCAAUUUAAUGUGUCAUACCAGCAGCCACAAAAUCAUUCAGCCAUGCUUUUUUCACUGUCCCAGAAUGGUUAUUCAUCGACUUUCCAUGAUCACACUUCAACUGCAGCAGCACCAAAGGUACAGCUUCCGCCAUAUCUUAGCAACACUCGCGGUGGCACUGUUGCAGCCCCACUGGGGCAACAGUUGGAGUCACAGCAGCAGAAAUGGACUUCUCAGCUCCAGGCUCAAUAUAGUCCCAGUGGAGUUGGUCGACCACAUUUAUUACCAGACUGGCAAAAUGGAGGAGGAAACUCACCUUCCUUGCUGAAUUAUGCUCAGGCGCUUUUCCCGCACCUGCACUCCGUUAUGGGCUCAAAGUACCAACACUUCUCACCUCCACAACAGCAGAAUUCGCCCAUCAAUUCAACAUUGACUCUUUCAAAUGUGGAGAGACAUCAUCAUCGUCUCAAUUCAGCAUAUGAGAGAAAUGGAACUGCAUUAUGUUCUGAAAACUCAUCGCAUAUGCAGCUACUCUGCAACCAGCAGCUUUGAUGUUUGACAAAUCCUAUGAGCCUGGCUUUAGAAGGAGCCAUCAUUACUUAAUUCUUUAUUAUCUAUGAGCUCAUUGGUUGUGGUGUAAAAAUUCUGGGACAGAUAGAAAGGGAGUAGAAGCAUCCUGCAGGUUUUUGCCAGUUGCUUAUAAUGUGGCUUGCUAUAGAAAUGAAAGUGUGACACCUAGAGCGGUGACGCUCAUGUUCAAGGGAUUUUGUAUAUUAUGUGGCAAUAUAGCAAGGAAAGAAGAUUUAUUUA